AAUUUUGGCUUUAUUGUUGCGGCAUUCCAUUAUUGCUCCAAAAAUUGUGAUAUAUUUGCAUCCACAACUCAAAGGGCCUUCUUACAACUGCUGAUAAAAUUUGAAUAACAAAAACAUAAAAAAAUCAUUCCAAACACUGGGCUACAACUCACUCUAGGCUGCACAACGUGCAGCUCUCGUCCCUAGUAGUAUUAUUAACGUCCAAACUCCCUUCAUUAAUGUCAGGAUUCAGGCUCUUCGAUCACCACUACCACCCUGACCGCUCCUAUUCGCCCGCCCCGUCCAUAAUUCCAUCCUUUUGAGCUUUCAGAGACAUUGCACUCCAAAUGGCAUCUGAGGUGGUGAGAAAAGCAGAUGAGAACAAUUUGAGCCUUGUGCGAGAGCAAACGAGAGAGAACGAGGGGGCUUUCGUGAAGUUGUUAAUGGAGAUUGAAGAGCUUAAAGGAAAAGCAGAGGCGAUGGAGUAUGUGGUAGAUGCUGUAGCUGUGCAGAAGCAAAUCCAAGAACUGACAGAGAAGAUUGAGGUCAAGGAUUCAGCGGAGGAAUUACUGCAAAGCUUGAAUGUUAAACAUCGCCAAGCCUAUGCUGAGCUUAUGGAUGCUCGGAAAGAGCUGAUUUUGGUACGAGUUUCUUAAAAUGUUAUAUUGUUGAUUCUAUCAUAAUCUUGUUUUGUACUCUGAUAGGAGAACGAUACUGUAAGCGAGCUGAUUUUGGGUCCCAUUGUUGGUGUGCUUUUUUGUCCUAACAAAUUAUUGCCUACGGAUGAGUGAAACAUCCUUAAAGGAAGUAUUGUAGAUUCAUUCCACAGCGAACAUUUCCGUUCUUUUGCUGAAAAUUAUGUUGUAGGAUGUAUACUGAUUAUAAGGCG